UUUAAAUAUGCUUUUAAAAAUAUGUCAGUAUUUGUGUCAACUCGUGUUUGGUAAACUGAAAGAUGUUAUCAAUUGCUUAGAAUAGUGUACAGUGUAAAUUGUUCUUAUGUGCUUUGAAAUAACGUACAUGCUGUGUUGGGAAAUAAUAUUUUCCUAUUGCAUUUGUUAACUUUUGUUGGCUAAAUAUUGUUGUUAAGGACAAGGUCGUGACUUCUGCUUCCUGGUUUAUGUUGCUCUUUAGAAUUACUUUUUAACAUUUUACACUUAAUUUCCCUACUCCGCUUUCCAACAGUACUUUAAAGCAAUACUCUAGCUUCAGUAACAUUCCCAGUGUUGUGGAGUUGAAUCUUCCAAGAUGUAUAUGAAAAGGAUAGAGAAAUCAUGGUGAGGACGGUUAGUCAUCGCGAAUAACUGAAAACUAUUGUACAAAGCUAUUGUAAUAAAGGGGAUUUUGGAAGUUAUUAAACCGUUGAUAUCUGCAAUCAAGAAUUCAAUUUACAGUUAUGGUUAAACACUUAAGUGUAAAGCAAAGUAAGAGAAAUCCCUCACAGUUAUCACAGUUAUAUGCAAAAUGGGUACAUGAAGAUGGAUUUGCUUUACAGUGGUCUUUACUUCUGAAAUUAUUCAUGUGCAAUUUUCCAGUUAGCAUUAGCCAUGUUAACUUAAUGAAUGUGUUGCUUUCAAAAUGUUGUAUCCUGUAUUUCAUCUAAAAAAAAAAAAAAAAAAAAAAACUUUUUUCUUUGUACUGUUUUCCAGAUGACAUUGACAGUGUCCUGUUUAAAAAAAAAAAAAAAAGGUAUUGCAUCAGGACGGAACUCUUUAAAAGAUGUAUAACCAAUCACAGGUACCUGGCUUCACAGCCUGGGCUAAUGUGCGUCUGUUGGCAUCGGACCAUCAGGUCAACAAUGUGUUAAAGGAUCUCUUCAUCGGCACACAUUUAAAAGCCCUUUUAGAAAGUUUUACUGGGAAGUCACUGAGAAGAAUGCAAAGUAUGGACGGACUGACUCUUCAACAGGUCAUUACCAGAGUAGAAUGGUUUGUGGAAGAACUAAAGAAAGCCAAAAUCAUCUCUGAAAAUGACAGCAUCAAUUGCCGUGCAGUUGCCAGGAGAAACUAUGAAUGUGUACUUGACUUACUGUGGAAGCUGAUCGCACAUGAUAUCCGGUUCACCUGGGAGCGUUCCAGCCAGCUGCAGCUCUUUGAUGACAAGCUACUCUGCUCAAUUCCCUUUAAGUGGACUCCAGAGGUGCCACCUACAAGCAAAAAGACAGAUCCACCUUCAGGCUCUACUGUGGCUCUUUUUGCAGAACUGGAAGCAUUGUCCAGUCCCAUCAAUGGAUCCGGUGUCUCUCCAACACUUGAACCAUGUCUACAGCCUGAAGUAGAGUCUUUCCCAGGUCGUGAUCUGGCAAAGGCUUACAACAGCAAGAUUCCUAUAAGAGGCUGGGAAUUCUACCCUUCGCCGGAUCGAUGCAUUCUAGAAAUGGUGAACUCUCAUCUACAGAUGUCUGCAAAAGGAAAGAAUCUGCUGGCAAAGAGCUUGGACAACCUGGUGGACGGACACAUCUUGUGCUGCUUGGCCAAUUCCUUUCUGCCUGGCACGUUCACCGUUGAGGUUCUCUUAAACGACAGGUGGUCAGCGAACUUGGCUCUGAAGACGAUGGAGAAACUCUUGCAUGCGUCGUCUUCAUUUACAUCAGACGAUUUAUAUCAGGGAGACUCCAAAGCUGUGUGUGCCUACAUGUGCUCUAUUUUCAUGGUCGGCUAUAAGUAUAGACAGUGCAAAGCUGUGGCACAAAGUGUGAAAAGGUUGCAAAUCCAGAUUGCAGCAAUAAGAUCGAAUCUCCGGGUGUUCCCAUCUGAAAUACUGGAGCUGAAUCAAUUCCAGCAGAAAAGUGAAUUACAACAGAGGCAAACUGAAUUACAAAGAGAACUGGGAAGGCUUUGCACCUCAUAUGAUGUGAAAUCCUGUCAGAAGUGGAUGGCACAUGCUGAAAAGGUGCAGAAAAAGACCUGGAGGUACAUCAGGCAAAAAAUGAAAGGGCGCUUUGAAACAGUAACAGUCCCAAGAAAUAUAACAAUUACCGGCCUUUGCCUGUCAUCAUUAAUCGAUCUAAGCCGCACCAGAGGGGGUGGCUUUUAUCUGGCACAAGAGAAAGAGAACGUGGCAGGGAAUCGAAGGAUCAUCCUUCAGAAUAAAGAGACUGGGGAAUAUAUUGACGAUUUCUCAGGAUUCCAACCGCAUGUUUCUGUUAGGAAGAUACUAAGUCUUUCUGCAACUGAUGUCAUUGAACCGAUGGUCCAUCAGAAAUACAAGAUAUUUCUUGAAAGCGAUUCAAAAAACAAAAUUUUGAAAAAAAAUUCCACCUUUCUCUACCAAGUGUUUCCAGGAAGUGCUACUCAGUGGCAACAGCUUGUGUUCAAGGCAUUGCGAUCCAGAGACUACACAGCAGUAAAGGACAUGGUCCUUUUCUUUAGGAAAACUCACAAUGAGGUCGUCAACACUGAAGAUCCUUCCACUGGAAACACAGCUCUGCACUUGGCCUGCCAGAGUGGACACUUUGAGACAACGUUGCUGCUUCUGGAGAAUGGUGCCUCUCUGAAUGUGAGAAACAAGAAUGGAUGCACACCAUGCUUCUUCGCUGCUGCAGGCCAGCAUCGCAGUGUGUGCCAGCUGUUAAUUGAAUGGGGAUGUGACUUCCAUGCUAAGGACUGCAGAGGCCAAGGCCCUCUCGAUGCCAUUCACAGUGAGCACCUCAGAGAGUACUUGCUAGGGUACAGUGCGUUUUGGUCCUCUGCCGUUCCCAUGAUCAUGCAUGGAGGGGCAGAUAUCCUGUAUGAGAUUGUCCAGAAGCACCUUCAAGGCGUGGAAGGGAUGGCCAGUCUUCGAAGCAGAUGUAUAAAUGGAAGCACAUUGUUACACACAGCAGCUUAUUUUGGAGAAACCGAUAUCAUUAAAACCCUAUUGGGACUGCAAGUGGAUGUUAAUUUGCUGGACUACAAAGGAGCAACUGCUUUGCAUAGAGCAAGAGAUUGUGAGACAGUGCAGUUUCUAAUAGACCACGGGGCAGACCUUAACCAGAAAGACGAUGAUGGCAAUACACCUGUUCACGUGGUCUGCUAUGGGGAACACGGGAAAGACACCAGGCUGGACUGCUUAAAACUUCUGCUCUCUUAUCAAGCCACAACAGUAAAAGCAAAUAGAAAGGGCUUGCUGGCAAUCCACUGUGCUGCAUUGCAAGGCAGGAUUGAUGUUAUUGAGCUCUUACUUCAGUGUGACAGUGAUGGACAGAUGCAAAGGAAAAUUCAGAGGGCUACGGAAACAAACUCACCAAGCCUGCUAUACCUGUCGGUUGCAAAUGAUCAUUUAAAAUGUGCUGAAUGGCUGGCUACGAGGAGCUUUACUUUCAAACCUACAGAGCAAGAAGAAUUGCUGUAUGGAUUAUUUCAGCAGGAGAUUGCCAGGUAUGCAUCAGUAAUUGGUCUGGGAAUUGUGAGGAGCGUGAUUUUGCAAACUUCCUGCAUGGGGUUUCAAAAUAAAAGCCUGGUCUAG